AUGACUGUCUCGUCCUCGUUAGCAUCCUUUUGUCAUACAGAGCUACACAGAGCUUUGAAGGAGCAGUCGUUUGGAAUCAAAAACUUCACCUCCCUUUCCUCCUCUCCUGACCAAGCUACUGCUGCUAUCGUCCUUUUUGAGGGUCACAAAAUUAUCGUCCAGCUGACGACAAGAGGCUAUUCGAUUAUUGAAGGCGGUCCUUCCACAGUGCACGAAACAUUAGAAGGACUAUUGAGCUCAAUAAGCUCACUAUACUCCAAGAAACGCCAGGAGGUCCUGAUGGCCAAAUUAUCCAAACUGACAUGA